AUGGACCUGACCGAUCCCUCCUGGCAUCCCGGUGCAAAGAGCACCCCCACCUUUACCCUCGAGUUUCGCCUUCAGGCCCGUCAACAGCAAGCGCCGGGGAGCUGGCUGCAGCUGCUGGACUUCGACGAGCACAGGCCAUCCAUCGUCGAGCUCACCUCACCCACUUCUGGUCGCGCCAGCCACUCUUCGCACACCUUCUCCAGCCUCUUCCAGGCGCGCCCACUCUUCGCACACCUUCUCCAGCCUCUUCCAGGCGUCGCGCCCACUGUCCGGCUGUCCAGUCCUCCAGCUGUACUGUACAGCUCUCCAGCUUUCCAGCCGUUCAGCCACCAGCCACACGUCGGGGCCGACACGAGCGCGGCGGGCCACUACUGCGAUCCCCCUAGUCCUGACCCGGCUUAG